CACUUCAACUUCUAGGCUACUUCCUACAUGCACGUGAACACACAUACAAACACCCACACACAUACGCUGCUGCUGCUAUAACUUAUCUUUUCAUGUUGCGCAUUUACGCAGAUUUAAAACCAGAACGUGUCGCUGAUACGUCUUUAUUUCUGUGUGUGUGUGUGUGUGUGUGUGUGUGUGUGUGACAGUAACUCUUCUCUGUUUUAGUUCCUGUCUCGGCUAUAAUUGCAACACAUCGCUGCCUUUCAUAAGUUAAAUAUUAGGCUACCACCACGGGACUUUAUUUCGGGGCCCAUUAAUUAUUCAUACAGACAGACAGAGACACACACACACAGGAUCAUACGGGAAGACUUCCCGGACCACCGGGGACCGUCCCGGUGCGCCGCCGUUACUCCUGGAGAUUUACAGCCGCGGCCGAGCCCUGACACAGGCCGUUAAUCAUCAGAGCUCCCGGUGCUGCGGUGCUAACCGGAAGGUGAGUGUGUGUGUGUCUGUGUGUGUGAGUGUGAGUCAGCUGCAGGACACUGUCACACUUCUCUCACACACAGACACACGCACAGCAAGACCCGGGGUACCCCUACAGUCCCAUCCGGACCCGCCCCGCGCACAGUUCUGCUACCCCCCGCCCGCCCGUCCUCCGGGACGCUCAGCUGAAUAUCACCGAAUGAUCCAUCCCGACCUGGCAGACACCGAGCAGACCUUCCAGACCGGCUGUCAAUGGCGUCUUUAAUCCGCACCCUCCUCUUCCUCACCCUCGUGGUGGGCGGGACUACAGCAGCUGUCGGUCUGGCCAGCCAAUCAGAGCCCAGGUGUUUGGACUGGGGGGAGUCCAGCGAGCGGGCGGUGUCGGUCCUGGAGGGCGAGGCCGGCUGGCUCUCCUGCCCUCUUUUCUCUCAUCCCUCGGUCUACAACUACACCUCCAUGCAGAGCGCCGGGCACAACCUCGUCUGGUACCGCCUCCCAGAGGGCCACGAACUGGAGCAGCCAAUCACGUACAGUGCGCGGUUCAGCAAAGACCGAGAGAGGCUGUGGCUGCAGCCGGCCACCGCCGCUGACACCGGCCUCUACAUCUGCAUGCUACGGAACAAUUCGUCCUGCAGUAAGAUCGGCAUGCGUCUGAAGGUGCUACGGCCCGACGAGGUGGUCCGUGGUGUCCACUGCGAGCCUCUGGUUGCGGUGGCGCCCACUCAAGAGGUCAUCCCUCUCCAGGAGGGGAAGAUGCUGCACUGUCCAGACCUGCAGGAAGCCGGCAGGAUGGUCGGCGAAAACACAACCGUCACAUGGUACCACGUUCAGAGAAGCAACUCGAGGUGUACAAAGGCUCCGUUCUGGCACAACGAGCGCGAGCAGAAAGGAUUGAGUCUGGAGUUCCACAACAUGAUUGUACCUUAUCAGGGUUUAUAUUUCUGCACGGUGCACUUACAGAGGAAAGGCCGGACCCUCAACUUCACCCGCAGCAUCAACGUCAGCGCAGUCUAUCCGUCUAGUUUGCCCAAAAUACCCAGCAUCCUAAACCCAUCUGCCCACCAGGUCUUCACUGUCAAACAGGACACAGAGGUGCGUCUGGUGUGCACGGCUCUGUUCCCCUUCCUCGAGUCCUUUUGGGAGAUCUGGUGGACGGUCGAUGGGAAGACGCUGGAGAAACUUGCCGACAACCGCUUCACCAACAUCAACAGACAGGUGAAGUACGACUUCGGGGACCGGACGGAGGAGAGCGUGCUGGUGAUCAAGGACUUCCAGCCCGAGGACGUGUACCGGGAGUUUAACUGCUCCGUGAAGAAUAAGAAGGGCUUCGAGACGCGCCGGGCUCAGCUGCAGGAGGAGGUGUCGCUGCCGUCGAUGGAGCUGGGCUGCGGUCUGGGCGUGACUCUGGUCCUGAUGCUGCUCCUCUUCGUGGUGUAUCACGUCUUCUGGCUCGAGCUGCUGCUGCUCUAUCGCUCCUGGUUCGGCACCGACGAGCGGCACACAGAUGAUAAGGAGUACGACGUGUACAUCUCGUACGCGAGGAGCGGCGAGGAGGAGCAGUUUGUUCUGUCGACGCUGCGCAGCGUUCUGGAGAACGAGCUUGGGUACUCCGUGUGCAUCUUCGACAGAGACAGUCUGCCGGGAGGGAACCUGUCGGACGCCAUUGUGCACUCGAUGCAGCGGAGCCGGCGCCUCCUCUUCGUGCUGAGCCCAGACUUCCUGACGGAGAAGAGCUUCAGCCUCCUGGAGUGUCGCCUGGGUCUGUACCUGCAGCACGGCCACCGGGCCUCCAUUGUGGGCGUCGUCUACCGCUCCAUCAGUAAGCUUCCCUGCGUGGAGGUGGCUCAGCUCCGGCAGGGGGCCUCCACCACUGUGACAUGGCGAGGGAGUCGGUCCGAGCCACGGCGGUCCCGCUUCUGGCUGAGGCUUAGGCUGGCACUUCCCGUCCGGCCGCUCGCUAUGGGCCGGCGGAUGAUCGACAGCACGUCGUCUCACUCGGACCUGGCCGCUCUGGCGCUGCACAGAGCACAGCGGAUCCAGAAGCAGGAGCAGAAAGAAAGAGCCAAUCAGAGCCGCAGAAACAGGCAGGCGCCCCCCAGAGGAAGGGGCAGGGUGCAGAGGGAGCGGUGGUCGCAGCAUAGCACCAGCUGCUCGGGGUGCGCUGGGUUUACUGGAGGACAGGUCGAGGACAGGGGGGUGGGGCUAACAGAGGAAACACAGAUGCAGCAGGUGUCCCAGGACAGGAUGGCGAUUGGGUUGGACCCUGUCCCCAAAACAGAACCAGACUCCACACAUGACCCUGACUCAACUCCUAGCUCCGCCCCCGCACCUGGCCCGGCCUCAGACCCGGCCUCGGUCCCGGCCCCUGACUCCGCCCCUGACUCCGCAUUCACCACCUGCCAGCCAGAAGAUUACGAUGGCAGCGGUAGAUGAUUGGCUUUAGGGCUUCUGGAUUUUCAUUAAAAUUAAAACAGCCCCAACCAGCCAAGCGAAUUCAAUUUUAUUUAAUUCAUAGUAUCAAUUUCUAACAGAAGUUACCCCAGAACAGUUUACAGAUAGACCCAACAACAUCCCCAACGAGCAUGCAUUUGGGGAGGAAAAACUUCCUUCCAACAGGCAGGAAUGGACGGACCCUGAGAGAGAGAGGACACUAAAGCCCAGCUGAGCCUCUGACAUGGACGUUUCACACUCGAAUCAUGCACUUCUGUACUUACAUUUGCUAUUUUGAAUGCACAGUGGGUUCGCACUGCGUAGUGUGGCCAAAUGCAGCACUACGAGUACCUGGAUGUGUGGAUCGCGUGACAAUACUUAAACAUGUGUUUUUCAAUAAGUACCACUAGUCAGAUAGUGAGAAAAUAAGGUGGUGUAUGUUUUGUCGGCUCUUAGGUCAUUGCAUACUGACCAUGCUCGAUUUGAGACAACACUACCCUGUCAAAAUGUAUGCAAGUAUCCAAUUUGAGACACAGCAUGACACUAAAACCCAGCUGAGCCUGAACACAGACUUUUGAUACUGACUGUAAGUGAAGCUGCAUUCAAGUUGCAUAGGAAAGAAGGUCAAGUAUCAGCCGGAUUAUAGCUGGACCCAGCAGACAUGGCGUCGGAAGGUGAGGGACAUCCAGUGCGGUGUACUUCCGUUGAUCCAGACUACAACAAAACUCUCAGCAGAGCUGGAGCACGUUCAAUCUCAAAACCGGCGUGCACCGAUUUUUCUGCAGUUUCCAGAUUGAAAGACAUGUUUCCUCUGAACAGUGCAACGGUGUGCAACGAGCUUUGUAGUAUGUUUUCUCUGGUUUGGUGGGCGUCAGAGAUGUUUCUCAAUCAGCAGCGACGUGUCUGUAAACUUGUGAAAUAAAAAGGCUUUUCUAAGAAUGA